CUCAAACAAGACUCCACCCACGUAACUACUUGGACCAUGUGGCUGGGAAAAACACAACAUCCGCUAGUUCAAUAUCUUUAAGGACUAAAUCAUUUUCUUUCUUAUUUUAGGGACUACGGAUUCACGCGCACAUGUCAAAAUGACGACCUCUGACGUUAACUUUCAAUCUCAAAUCGCAUCUGUUUUAGACGCACUGGUCAAAGUGGCCGUAGUCGAAUUGACGAAACUCUUCGACGGUCACUACUCAGUCUCCAGGAACACGGUGCUUACUGAUGGUCACACGGAACAAAAUGAUACACUGGACUACUUCAAAGGGCCACCUAACAAAACAUUUCAAAGUAUUGCAGUGCAAGUGGACGGAGGAACCCUGUAUUUCGAGCAACCUUUCACAGAUCAGUGUUGCUCCUUAGAGGGGUGUGGUGAUAGUUUGAGAAAGGGCAGGAAGGGGGAGGACACCCUGCUGGUGGAAACUAAUGAGUGUACUGACCUUGGGAGCUUUGUUCUCAGAGAGGAUGAGAUGUGUAUGAGCAGUUCAUCCAGAAACCCUGAAUCAUCCACCAAAGAACUAUAUGCAAAUGGCCCUGCAAAUAACUGCCACUCCGCUGUACCAAGGACUCUAGCUAAACAGAAACAACGUUCUAAUAAGACAAAAGGAAAGAAUGGAAGCAAUUCUCAGAACAAGACUAAGCUCUUCCUCCAGAAAGAGAAGACACAAGCUCCAGCUCAAGAGCCUAAGUGUACAGAGCCUGCCCAGGUGAAGCCCCAGGAGGCCAGUGUCAGCACAGCCCAGGAGACCCCUGUCUCCACAGAUGGGACUGUGGCUCAUUUGAGGGUAAGCCUAUGGGACCGCCUGGCCAGUGUGAAAGACAUGGUGAAUGAGCAUAAGAAGCAGACUUCUCAGGACCAGAAACUACUUCAGCCCUGCUCAGUUCAGCUGGUCAACCUGUCUUUGGUUGAGCAUGGGGGAAAGAUGACCGGCAUUGUUGGUGGUGGUGCUCAAGGAAAGACGGGUUUCCAAACACCCAAGGACCUCCGCACCCAUCAGAGUAUCCACACCGGGCGACGUCUUUGCUGCUUCACCAAGUGUGGCAACGGCAUCUGGCGGCUGCAGAGGGUGGUCAGCCAGAGCCAGUCACACUGUUGCAAGAUAUGCGGGAAGAGGUUUAAGCGCAGGAAGGUCCUCCGAAGACAUGAACGCUUUCACACUGGGGAGAAGCCCUAUAAGUGCCCCAGGUGUCACAAGGCCUUUGCCUUACGUAAAAGUCUACGCAGGCACCAGAGGUUUCAUACCGGGGAGAAACCCCACAUUUGCCCUCAGUGUGGGAAAAGUUUCCGGCUUCGAGAGAAUCUAAAGGCUCACCUGCGUUUCCACACCGGCGAGAGGCCAUUUACCUGCUCCAUCUGCGCCAAGAGCUUCAGAAUCUCCCGCAACCUCACAGAACACCAGCUCAGUCACUUAUGAUUAAGCAGCAGCUGUUUCUGCUCUUAAAAUGUCUUCUACCUCUUACCAAAAACUAUUGGUUUUAUUCACACUAUAGCUUUCCUUUGGUUUUCCAAUAAUGAAGUUUAUAAAAAAAGAACACCAGAAAAAAAAAUCCUGAGAUUCCUGCACGUUUUUGUUGGAUUGGCCUCGAUGUCCAGUGGAAUGUGAACUUUUGCAACAAAUAGAAUGUUGUGAACAUGCGUGUUUUUACACUGUAGACACUGGUAUUUUUACCCCCACUAUGUGUUAUGCUGUUGAUUUAUGUGGAUAUUAGGCUGUUGUGCAAUGUAUUGCACUGGAAGUGCAGACAUAUUUCUACUUUGCUGCUUGUGUAAUGUGCUGACAAAUUGACAAUUUUUUAUGCCUGUGUGUAUCCUUUUAAGGUGUUUUAUAACUAACUUGGUUAUUUUGACUAAGACCCAAUAAGAGGCCAUUCUGUCCAUAUACUUGUCUAAAGAAAGCUUCGUUGUAUUGUGCUUCGAGAGAACACACGUUCAUUUUAAUUUUAAGUCAAUCUUUAGUGAUUGAAAUGCACACAAGGGGGUCAUUUUUUUAUGUAGGAAGACCGACACCCGUACCUGUAUGUACCAUGCAGGAGACAUUCUUCACAGUAGCCUACUGUUUACGUUUUUUGAAGAAAAAAAUUGUUCGUGUUUCAAGACGAAGCCUGAAACGUCCGAUUUUAAUGUUCGAUCAGACUGUGCGAAAUGUAUUUCCUAUAGGCCUAAUUAGUUUUGUACUUUUGAAAUAAUCAUGAUAUGUUUUUUUACUUUUAAUUAUGUAUCUGUGAAGUAGAAAUGUAUGAAAUAAAUCCAGAUUAAAAACUAAAUUGU